AUGUGCAAGUACACAAUCACGAUACUCGAAUGCGGCCACAAGCUGGAUGAUCAUGUCGUCACUCUCAACUGCCCCUACUACGAUAGGACCAGAGUACCCUGUGACCGUGACAAUGCGAGGACAAAAGAUCGCUGCACCGUAAAAACCAGAGACCAAAACGGGAUUUGCAAUAGAUGUCUCCGCGACAACGAAGAAGCCGCCAUGCGCCGUGACUUGGAAAAAGAAAGAGAACACAAACGCCGAGAAAACGAAGAAGCCGCAGAAGCAUUCCGACGUGGGCAGGAAGAACUGAAAGAGAAGAACCGCCGGGAGGCGGAAGAAAGACGACGGGCUCAGCAAAAAGCCGACGACGAAGCCAGGGACAGAGCCCGCCGGGAAGCGGACAGAAAGCAGCGAGCUGACGAAGAGGCCAAGGAGAGAAGUCGCAGGGAGGCCGAAGAAAGACGCCGAGCGGAUCAGAGGGCCGAAGAAGAAGCUACGGAGAAACGCCGCCGGGAAGAAGAACAACGACGUCGGGCGAGACAAAAAGCCGACGAAGAAGCUAUGGAGAAGCGCCGCCGGGAAGUGGAGCAAAGACGACGGGACGACGAGGAAGCUAGGGAGAGAGACCUUAGGGAGGCGGAAGAAAGGCGGCGGCAGGCCAAGAAAGAAGCCGAUGAAGAAGCCAUUGCGAGAAGACUUAGGGACCAAGAGAGAGAGCUGGCUGAAAAGGAACAGGAAAUGGAAAGAAAACGCAGAGAGCAUGAGAAGAAGAUGGCAGAGCAUGACAAGAAGAUGGCAGAGGACAUUGAGCGACGCCGGCGGGAGCAUGAGAAGAGAUUGGCAGAAGAGGAAGCACAAGCAAAGGAGAUCGAAAGGCAGAGAAAGGCGGAGCUCGACCGACUGGCCAAGGAACAACGGGAUCUGGAUUUGAUGAUUCAAAAGUCCAGAGAAGAAGCGGACCGGAAGAAGAGAGAAAAGGAGGAAGAGGAGCAGCGAGCUCUGAGGGAGUCUGAAAGAUGGGAGCAGGAGAAGAAGUACCGAGAGGAACUACUCCGAUCAAGGACCGCCGCACCACCAUCACCGCCCGCCACACCCCCCGCGCCCCCAGCCCCCGCCCCCAAACCCACCGUCAACAAAUCAGCACCCCGCCCCCCUCCAGCACCCAAGCCCGCACCAAAAGAAAUCAACUACUCUCUCCCCGCUGUUGGCGACCAAACGUAUGGUCACAUGAUGCUAGGCAAUCGUCGUGCCCCCAUGCACCCCUCGCAAGAGAUCCCCGGAACGCCAUCAACCUCAGGCAUACCCAUGUCACCCACAAGCCCAGCACCAUUCGCGCGUCUCGGCGGCGCCAUCGCGGCUUCUGAUGUCCCUGUCGUGAGGGAGGUAAGGGGCCAGAUCCCGCCUGUCAUGCCCGUCGCUAUGGACUCGAGGGCUGGAUUGAGGAGGACGAGCGAGAGCAGGAAGCCGCCGCCGCCCGUGCCGCAGCGCAAGCCAUCGGGCACGGAUGGUAUGGAUCCUGUUUUGAAGGCAAAGUUGGAGAAGCGGAGGGCUUGGGAACCAGAAGAGGAGGAGAAGAAGGAUGUUUCGCCGCCGAGGUCUCCUGGGCAAGAGCCCACUGCACGGAGGCUGAGUCCGUCUGAAUUUGACACUAAACGGAAGACGGGCUGGAAGAAGGAUGAGGCUUGA